AUGACGAGGGUAGCACCUGAAACGCAAACACAGUCAGUGUGCAGCAUCUUAAGUGAUAUGUAUUCCUUGGGAAUGGUGAUAUGUUCAAUUUUUAAUAAUGGAAGAUCGCUGAUACAGGCCAACAACUCUACUUCGGCUUACCUUAAACAAAUAGAACUGCUGGACGAUCAGGUUCACAACUUAAUACCAAGAAUUCCAGUGCCAAUUCAAGAGGCAGCGUCCAGGCUGGUAAGCAAAGAUCCUCGACAACGACCAACAGCUCAGCUUCUCACGCUUAUCAAGUAUUUCAGAUUUCGAACAAUGGAUAAACCAACAGCUAGCAGCAUGGCUGAUGAAAAUAGCUGCAUAAUAUGUAUACACCUGGGUUUAUCUUCCAAAACAUAUUCAAAUUUAGGUGAAGUUAUAAAAAUUUGUAGAGGAGUAACCUCUUUAAAAGCUGCUUCAACCGAACGACAAGAUGGAUUGUUACCUCACCUACAAACUGAAUUUGUUUAUGCUCAUUUAAGUUGUCGACAAAAAUAUAUUAAUAAAAAGUAUAUUGGAGUGUAUAAUAAUAAGCUCCGUGAAAAUCUCUCAUUAACGCCUCCGAAAAAAAAAAACUUCGAAGUAGCAUGA